AAGUAAAGACCUUAGUUAACGGAACAUAUUUGUCCAUAUCUAAAAGAAGUGUGUUAUAAUUAUUACACAUAUGUAUAAAGCAAUAAAAAAAUAAAACUAAAGUGAAACGCUUAAGCUUAGUUCAUUACUGUAGAAAUUUUAUUAUCACAAAUUUUUUUAAGAAAUGAGUUUUGGUGGUGGAAGAGGUGCAUUAUUGCGUGCACUUUGUGAUUCUCAAAGUUCUUCUUCUGGUGAAGAAACAAGUAAAGACAAAACGCCAUCAGGAGAUAGUGGUUUAAUACUGGGGAGUAGCACUAAAUUAUUUGUUGGUCGAGGUCGUGCAGAAUUAUCUGAUUCAACUUCAGAAGGACUCUCAAUAACAGGCCGUGGUCGCGCUGCAUUAUUAAAUACUACCCCAUCAUCGUCUGGGAUUUCAGUUGCAAGAGGUAGGGGCUCGUUAUUCAGAUCUUGCGAGUUAAAAGUCCAAUCAACCGCAUCUCGAUCUUCAACUGAGGACAAUAUUAUUGACAGAGUGGAAAAAUUGGAAUUAUCAGAAUAUUCCACUUCAACACCAACCACAACACCUGUUCCUAUUCCAACUCAACACGUCAAAGCAGGUCAAAAUAUACAACCAGUUGUAAAGAAAGGCACUUACGGAACUCAGGUUAAAACCAUUUGUAAUUACAUUCGUCUUACAUCUGACCCGAACAAAGGGGUAUUCGAAUACGAAGUAAAGUUUGUACCUAAUGUUGACUCAAGAAAUUUAAGGAUAAAAUACCUCAAUGAUCACAGAAGUAAGUUUGGAGGCACGAAAACUUUUGAUGGUGUGACGUUAUAUUUACCAAUCAUGCUGCCACAAUGUGAAACAACAUAUACUUCCCAAAAUGUUGACGGAACACCUAUCGAGAUAAAGUUAAUUUACAAACGCAAAAAGCCAUUACGAGAUUGUGUCCAUUUGUACAAUAUUCUUUUUGACAGAAUAAUGAAAACAUUAAAUUUUGUGAGGCAUAAUAGAAAGCAGUUUGAUCCAACUGCUCCAAAAAUAAUCCCUCAACAUAAAUUAGAAGUUUGGCCGGGAUAUGUUACAGCCGUUGAUGAGUAUGAGGGAGGAGUAAUGUUAUGCUGCGAUGUUUCUCAUAGAAUUUUAUCAAGCACCACAGUUUUAGAAAUACUCGAAGAAACGUACAGAACAAAUCCUACGGGUUUUCAGGAGAAUGCGAAAAAAGCUUUAAUAGGAUCAAUUGUGUUGACAAGAUAUAAUAACAAAACUUAUCGGAUUGACGAUAUUGAUUUUACUUCAAACCCUAUGUCAACAUUUAUGGCUGGGGAAAAAACUAUGUCUUUUGAAGAAUAUUAUAGAACUCAAUACAACAUUAAUAUUCGUGAUGUAAAUCAACCGCUACUCACAAGUAUUAAGAAGAGGCGUGUGAGCAACAAAGAGAAUCCUGAAGAAAUAAUUUUUUCACUCAUACCUGAAAUAUGUUACCUUACAGGUUUAACAGAUCAUAUGAGAUCUAAUUUUAAAGUAAUGAAAGAUAUCGCUACUUAUACUCGUGUGACUCCUAAUCAAAGAGUAUUAGCUUUGGAAAAAUUUAUUAAAAGUGUGAAUGAAAACAAGGAUGCUAGAGAAAUAUUAAGCGAUUGGGGUCUUUCAUUAGAUAAUGAAACAGUAAAACUAAUGGGUCGUCAAUUAGGAACAGAGCAAAUUUUAUUUGCCAAGAGAAAAGUGGAUGCUGGAGUGAAUGCAGAUUUCGGAAAACAUGCAACAAGCAAUGAACUUUUGGAUGUGGUUAAUUUUACAAAUUGGAUAUUAAUGUUUACAAAUAAUGAUACAAAAAUUGCAAAUUCAUUCUUGGAUUUUCUGGAAAGAAACUCUCGUCCAAUGGGAAUUGAGGUGCGGAAACCAAAAACGAUAAUACUAAGACAGGAUAAGACUGAAGAGUAUGUUUCUGCACUAAGAAAAUGUAUAUCUAGCGAAACUCAAAUUGUAGUUGUGAUAUGUCCAACAUCAAGAGAUGAUCGUUACGCUGCCAUUAAAAAAAUCUGCUGUGUAGAAAAUCCGGUGCCCUCUCAAGUUAUUAACGCCCGAACAUUAAAAAAUGACGCGAAAAAUAGAUCAAUAGUCCAAAAGAUAGCCUUACAAAUGAAUUGCAAAAUGGGGGGAACUUUAUGGAGCAUACGUAUUCCUUUUAAAAACGUAAUGAUUUGUGGAAUAGAUUCCUAUCAUGACAAUGUAAAUAAAUCGAAUUCUGUGUCAGCAUUCGUUGCUUCUUUGAAUUUUAACUACACAAGAUGGUAUAGCAGAGCUAUCAUUCAAACAAAAGGAGAGGAAAUAGUAAAUGGUUUAUGCGUUUCACUUGAAAAGGCUUUAACUGCUUAUGAAAAUGUUAAUCGGACUUUGCCUGAUAAAAUAAUUAUAUUUAGAGAUGGUGUUGGAGAUGGGCAACUAAAAGUUGUUUCUGAAUACGAAAUACCUCAAUUGAAAAAAUCCUGUAAAAUAGGAAGGGAAAACUACGAACCUCUUUUUACAUAUGUGGUUGUGCAAAAACGGAUCAAUACACGAAUUUUUACGGAAAACGGAGAAGUGAAAAACCCAGAACCUGGGUUUGUAGUUGACCAUGAAGUUACAAGAAGGUAUAUGUAUGACUUCUUCCUAGUAUCUCAGUCUAUCCGGGAGGGUACAGUAAGUCCGUGCCAUUAUAUUGUUGUGUGCGAUUCAGCAAAUUAUUCUCCCGAUAUUCUUCAACGUUUAAGCUACAAAUUAUGUUUUUUGUAUUAUAAUUGGCCCGGUACAAUUACAGUUCCUGCAUGUUGCCAGUAUGCCCAUAAAAUGGCAUUCUUAGUUGGACAAAGUAUUAAGAAACCGACAUCUGAAACUCUAUCCGAUUUACUUUUUUACUUAUAAAAUAUUUUGCCUUCGUUUACUUUAUUUUUACAAAAAUGGCGCGUUGAGGCUAAAAUGUUAAAUAAAAAGUAAUACAUAUUUCAUAAAUGUAAUAAAGUUGAAUAUGAUGUAUACUUAAUAUAUAUUGAUAAAAAAUACUUAAUUUUUAUCAAUGUAUGCACAUACACAUGUACAUAAGUUUUUUAAAAAAAUUAAUGCACCAUGAGUACAGUAAUAAUUUGUGAAUUAAAUUGAAUUUUUUAUUUUAUUUUUUUGCAAACAAUACAAAAAAUAUUUGUAUUUCAUUAUGUACGACAGCAUAAUUUUUGUGCAAUUUGUUCAAAAUAUAUUUUAUUAGAUUAAGACUUAACAUAAAAACUUGACUACAAAAAUUUU